GGGAACACGCCUCCCGCUGGAGUCCUUCCGGGGCGGAGGUUACCAUGGCGGCGGCCAUGGCUCGGCUUGGUCUGCGGUCGGUCAAGGAAGUUCGGGUUCAAUUCUGCCCUUUCGAGAAGAACGUGGAGUCGAUAAGGGCUUUCCUCCAGGCGGUGAGCAGCGAGAAGGUUCGCUCCACCAAUCUCAAGUGCGCGGUGAUUGCGGACGUGAGGCACGACGGCUCGGAGCCCUGCGUGGACGUGCUGUUUGGAGAUGGUCAUCGCCUGAUUAUGCGUAGCGCCCAACUCACCGCUCGGGAAAUGUUCGUUGCCUUCGCUUCUCACGUCCAGGCCAGAAGCGCUGCAAGGAACGGGGAGAAGCCAGGCGCUGGUACUGGGCACUGACAGCGAGGAAGAGACCAACGAACAGAUUUUGGCCUAGGACUAGGACAUUUAUCUGAG